CACAGUGGAUCACAUAAGGUACCUAUCUCGUGUACCUAUGUAUGUAGUUCUCUAUUCACCAUAGCCCACGAUUAAAAUUAUUGACUCGAUGAUUGUCACGAAUUGAUGUAUACAAAACGGUGACGUUAUUAUUUUAAUUUUUAUUACUGGUAAUUAGAGUCUUCAAACGCAAAAACAUAGCAAUAUUUUCGUAUGGGUACCUGGUAUCGUUACGAUAUAUCACACAUUCGAAUUAUGUGUAGACAAUAUGUAAGUGAUAAUUGUUAUUCGAAGAUUAUCAGUCGUGAGCUAUGAUAUGGUGGUAUUUGCCAAAACUUGGAAUUAUUUGCAUAACGAUUUUAAGCCAAGAAAUCAAUGGGCAAAUUUUUAAUCCCAGCUCGCAAAACGAGUUCAACGGUGUGUGUUACGAUAGAAUUGGAUGUUUUUCGCAAGAUUCUCCAUGGGUCGCUAUACUCAGACCUUUUCCACCUCCGUGGUCACCCGAACAGAUCAACGUUACUGUUUAUUUAAUGACUAGGAUGAAUCAAAAUCUGAUCCCAAUCGACCCUUUUACGAUGGACAGCUCUUUAUUAAGAUAUUUAGAUUUCAACCCAUUCAGAUCUAUAACAGCAUUUAUCAUACAUGGAUUUACAGCGAGUAUAGAGAGCUCAUGGAUGACGGAAAUGGCAAUGGCAUAUUUAUCCAGGAUCGAUGCGAAUAUAUUCCUUGUAGAUUGGGGUGGUGGGGCAAAGAAUGCUAAUUAUUUACAAGUCGCCGCAAAUACCAGAGUUGUCGGAGUCAUUAUGAGCAGGUUCCUGAAUUAUCUAGUCUAUUACGAAGGAGUAGAUCCGGACAGUGUUCAUAUUAUUGGCCAUAGUUUGGGUGCCCAUAUAGCUGGAUAUAUGGGUAAAAAUGUACCUGGAAUUUAUCGAAUUACAGCUCUGGACGCUGCUCAAAUUGGAUUCGAAGGAGCUGAUCCACAAGUUAGACUAAUGAAAGGAGAUGCCUCUUUUGUCGAUACCUACCACACCAACGGUAAACCUACAGUACCAACCUUUGGAUUAGGUUUUGUCACAGAUUUUGGAGAUGUCGAUUUCUAUAUUAAUGGCGGAGUCCAUCAACCAUCUUGUGCUGCUGAUUCGGUGCAAGUUUUUCAACAAUUUCCAACUCCAUUGACUAUUGCUAGAUUGCCGGUAGAAUUAAUUACAGAAUUGCUCAGCUGUUCUCAUUCUAAAUCAAUAGAAUAUUUUAUAGAAGCAAUUGAAAACCCUAAUUGCGUAAUGUGGGGUCGUAAAAGAGGUUUAGUUAGCGCAGUUUUUAAUAUUGUGACUUUUGGUCAAUUGCAACCUCUUUUGGGAAAUUUAGUUCCUUCAUGUUCUUUAGAAAAUUGUUCUCCAAUGGGAUUAGAAACUUCAUUAUAUCCAGCUCGUGGAAAGUUUUACGUCACUACAAAUCUUGUUCCUCAAUACUGCAAAAAUGAUCCGAGCACUACGGAAUAUAUGACCAGUCAAUUAGCACAGACAUCGUAGAAUUGGUGUACUUACCUAUCUACAUACAUAUAAACGUUUAUUAAUUCAUUUUUGAAACAUCUUCGCCAAGAAAACUUUUCUAAGUUAUUAUUUAAAAAGUAUUUAAUUGCGUUAUUCAAGUUUACUCAAUACGAAACACAAUAUUAUCUAUCUGAUAUAGUUUGAGAAUUUUUGUUGUGAGUAAUUAAAAAUAUGUAAGUAUCAAUUAGAGAUCAUUUUAAAGAUAGUACACAUUAAUCGUAAACACUACCUCUGUUGGUAAUAAAUACGCAAUACACAUCUGCAUAGACACCUA